GCUGGAUCCUACCCGAAUUCUCUUUGAAAUACGACCCGAUUUCAUCUUGCAAAAGAUGAAAUGAGCAGAUUUUGAACUUAAUUUAUGUCUUCAAAAACUGUUUAAUACUUCAGUUUGACUAUGGUUAUGGCUUAUUAGGUUUCUUUAUACCUCUUUGAUACUAAGGAAAAAUAAUCCGUCGGGCAUUGCUCUUUACUACUCAUUACUAUUACACUUACGCCAUGGCUGCUAAGCUUCGUCUGUAUCUUCUAGUUUUCCUCUCCAUUUUUCAGUUUCGUCUCUCUUUCUCCGGCAAUUUAGAAGAGGCGAAGUCAAUGCAGUCUGUUCCUGAUCUUCAGAAGUCAAUGUAUAUGGUUGUCGAUGGUUAUCCUUGUGUACGGUUACUCAAUCUUUCUGGAGAGAUUGGUUGUGCUAAUCCCGGGCGAAACAAGAUUGCAGCUCCAGUUGUAAAGUUCAAGAGUGGUAAUGAGCUGACAGGUUUAUCUGCAGUUUUGGUUUCAUUACAUGAUGUUCAACAGCUUUUUGACAGAAUAUCAAACGAUCCAAGUUUUGCUGAGAACAUAGGCGGUGUUUUAGUCGAGUCUGGAACCAGCAGUCAAAAUAAAUUAACAGGAUUUUCUCCUGCCCCAAAGUUCCCUGAAGCUGAAUUUGCUCCUUAUCACAACAUCAAUUAUGAAUGGAACCCAAUUGGAUCUGGUAUUAUGAAGAAAUCUUACAAUUUUCCUGUAUUCUUACUCUCCAAUGAUAGCAGUGAUAUCAUGCAGGAGGUCAUUUUGAAGAAUGAGGAGAAAAAGAAUUCAUAUACUGCAAACGUUGUAGAGUUUGAUUUAGUGAUGCAGACCUCUAAGUCUGGCACUCAUGAUUCAGAAUCUUGUUUGAGAGAAGAGACUUGCCUUCCAUUAGGUGGAUACAGUGUUUGGUCAUCACUCCCGCCAAUUAAUAUCUCAUCUUCAGAUCAAGCCAAGCCCAUUAUAUUAGCAGUGGCAUCUAUGGAUUCUGCUUCCUUCUUCCGCGACAAAAGCUUAGGUGCAGAGUCUUCUAUUUCUGGAUUGAUUUCCUUGCUAGCAGCAGUUGAUUCACUUUCUCGUGUGGAUGGUUUGGGUGAUCUUAGUAGACAGCUUGUUUUUUCAGUCUUCACUGGGGAGGCAUGGGGAUAUCUUGGUAGCAGGAGAUUUCUGCUUGAACUUGAUUUGCAGACAGAGUCUGUCAGUGGCCUAAACAACACUCUAAUUGAGAUGGUCAUGGAUAUUGGAUCUGUUGGGAGGGGCUUCAAUGCAGGGAAUGAAACCUUCUUUGCCCAUACAGCAGGGGGUUCUCCAGGCGGAAAAGAAAUGUUCAAUGCUUUCAAACUUGCCCUAGAUUCACUUGAAUUAAAUAAUGUUACAAUUGCUUCAGCAAGCGCUUCAAAUCCUGGAAUACCUCCAUCAUCUUUGAUGGCAUUUUUGAGAAAGUUCUUUCUAUCUUGGCAGAACCCAUCAAUCCCUGGGGUAGUACUGGAAGAUUUUGACAGUGCUUUUUCUAACAACUUCUACCACAGUCACCUCGAUGAUAAGUCAAAUAUAAACUCUUCAGCUAUUGUGGCAGCUGCAUCUCUUGUUGCACGCUCUCUUUACAUCCUUGCUAGUAAUAGUACAAAUUUAAGCAGUUUGGCUCUAAGCGCUAUCAAUGUAAAUGCUUCGUUAGUUGAAGAACUAAUGAGCUGUUUAUUGGACUGUGACCCGGGUUUAUCUUGCGAGCUGGUGAAGAAAUACAUAUCCCCAUCUGCUGCAUGCCCAAGUCAUUAUGUUGGUGUCAUUAUUGGAGAACCUUCAUCAACGCCGAACCUUGGAUAUGUUGAUGAUAUUUCGAGGUUUAUAUGGAACUUUUUGGCUGAUAGAACUUCUGUUCCAAAGGAGAAUAGUAGUUCUAAUUGCUCAAAGGAUUGCAGCAAUAAAGGCGAAGUCUGCAUUAAGCAAGAAACAAACGGGAAGGGAGUUUGUGUUCUCUCUACAACAAGAUAUGUUCCAGCAUAUUCAACCCGGUUGAAGUUUGAAUCCGGUAUGUGGAAUGUUCUGCCUUCGAAUUCUUCGGACCCAAUGGGGAUGGUGGACCCUGUGUGGACGGAGAGCAACUGGGACACCAUUGGCCUUCGAGUAUAUCAAGUUCAGAAUUCUACUUUUGAUAAUCUUGUGCUGGUGUUAGGUAUUGCUGUCACUGUAUUGUCUUACAUAGCAAUAGUGAUUACGAGAGCCUUCAUCACAAAGGCGUUGAAACGGGAUUGAUUAAUUAGGGUUCUUGUUGAAGCCCUGCAGAAACUGAUUUGUAAUCAUCAUAUUGUUUUUUGCAUAGGCAGACACUCUGAUUUUGAAGCGCUUAGCCGGGAUGCUGCAAUUGAUAAUACGCAUCCGUGUAUAUUUAUUUCACUUUAGUGCAUGGAAUUAAUGUAUUAGAGCUCCAAAUUAUAAAAUUUCAUCAAUUUAAUCAUUUAUUAGAAGUUUCGGAA